CACUCACCAUCAAACAAACAUAUCUAUCAAACCUUCAACCUCAAAUCACUCUUUCUCAUCAUCAUCAUCCUCUUCUUCUUUCUCUCUUAAUUUUUUGAUCAACAGAUAUGUCAUCUUCUUCUACUGUUAGAUUUGAAGAGGGAUUUGUAGUGAAUUCUCAUGGAUUGAAGCUCUACACAUGCAGAUGGGUUGCAGAAAACCAUAAUUCUAAAGCUUUAGUCUUUAUUUGCCAUGGGUAUGCAAUGGAGUGUAGCAUUUCAAUGGAAGGGACAGGAAUGCAACUUGCAAAAGCUGGUUAUGAUGUUCAUGGUAUUGAUUAUGAAGGUCAUGGAAAAUCAUCUGGUUUACAAGGUUAUAUUUCGAGCUUCGAUGAUCUUGUCACUGAUUGUUCCGAUUAUUUCAUUAGUGUUUGCGAGAAAAAAGAAAAUAAAAUGAAAAAACGGUAUUUACUCGGAGAAUCAAUGGGAGGAGCUGUUGCAAUAAAAAUUCAUAGAAAAAAUCAAGCUUAUUGGGAUGGUGCUAUUUUAGUUGCUCCAAUGUGCAAGAUUGCAGAAGAAAUGAGACCACAUCCAAUAGUGAUUAAUGUAUUGCAAAAGCUUUGCAAAAUCAUCCCAACUUGGAGAAUAAUUCCAACUCAAGACAUCAUAGACAGUGCAAUUAAGAAUCCAGAAUGGAGAGAUGUGGUUAGGAACAAUCCUUAUUGCUACAAAGGAAAGCCUCGCUUGAGAACUGGUCAUGAACUUCUUAUGGUCAGUUUAGACAUUGAAGAAAACUUAGAUAAGGUUUCAUUACCGUUUAUGAUUGUUCAUGGUGGAGCUGAUACAGUAACAGACUCUGCAGUGAGUCAAGCAUUAUAUGAUAAGGCAACAAGUAAAGACAAGACCUUCAAGUUAUACCCUGGAAUGUGGCAUGCAUUGACUUCCGGUGAACCUCAAGAGAACAUUGAUCUUGUAUUUUUUGACAUUGUUGCAUGGCUAAAUGAGAGAUCAAUGUCUACAGUGAACUUAGAGAGUGAAAUGAAAAUCAUACAUGAUGUGAAAAAAAUAUAAAAUUAAAAUAUUAUAAGGUUGGUUGAAUUCAAAUAAAUAAUAAAACCAAGCUGAUAUAUAUAUAAAAAAAAGCAUUAAAUAUAUUUAUACUUAUAUUUAAUGGAGCAGUUAGUGUUUUGUAAUGUAGUGAUG